CUAAUACUGACAAGAGAAAAGCCUAUGAUUAUAAGCCAGCCACAAAAUAGUAAAGACAUGAUAUUUGCGAUUUCUAACAUUGCCCCAGGUUCCAUAAAUAUUUUUCGUAGCAACAUUAUUGAAAGUGCAAACUGCGUAACUGAACGGUAAAUGAUGUGCAUGGAGAUAUGGAUGCCUUAUGGACAUUUUGCUUAGGCAAGUAGGAAUACUGUUUUCUAGUCGCGUUAGUACUAAUUGCUGACUGUCUUUAAAUUCACGAAAAUAUAUGCAGGACUAUUAGUCGCCAUGCGUGAUAGUUAAGACAAUCCAGCAAAACUACUCAAUUUAGUGAUGGGCGGACCUUUAUAAAUGAGUGUACAUCUUUGAUGCUCUUGACACUAGAUGGUUAAUUGGUUAGAACUCAGUUUGGCUCUUGGUUUUAUUAAAGUCAUAAACUCCAGCAUGUACAGACAGGUUGUUAAUGUUUUAGCAAAGAUUUGCAAAGUAAAAGGAAUGAAGUUUGAAAGCUGUUGCUCAUAUUUGCUAAUGUAAGUUUCGGAUAGAGAUUAGUCCAAAAGAAUAUUUAAAGCUCUCAAUGGGUACAAACGGUGGCAUAAACUUUCACUCAUCUUUAAACAAGCGACACUGUGAAGUUUUCAAUAUUUUUGGUCCACUGGAACAGCAUCUGCGAUUCCAAAGCGUCGUACUCUUAAAGAUUCACAAACUUUAGACCUUAAAAAUCUUAAAACCCUAAAAAAAUUUAAAAUACGAAAUGAAUAACCUUACCUUGUAUGGCAAAGCGUGCAGAUAUUUAGCAGAGAUAUUACUAGUUUUUGCAUUGUUCAGCGCUUGCUUGCGAUGUUUGCUUUGUAUGCUUGCUUCUAUCUAGUGCUGCUUCCACUUCAUGCUUCCAGUGGAUGCUUCUAGUUAUUGUUUUUUAUUACUCGUUUCAAUUGCAGUCCAUGCUUUGUAUGUCUGUCUGUUCCUACGUUCCUAACGCUUGCUUGAUAUGCUUGCUUCUAAUGCUUGCUUCCGUUUAUAGCAAUUCAUUCUUCUGUCUCGAAAGCAAGCACUGUGCUUUUAAUCCUAUACUGAGGAAACAAAAAAAGAUUGAAAAAUGUUUCGCUAUCAAAUAUCACCAGUAUAUACUAAUAAAAGGAGGGUGUCAAUGCCUCCUCUCGUUUGAGUGGCCUGUGGUAAGCGUUUACUUUUACUUCAACAUGGUCCAGCAUUGUCUUGUUUUCUAGAUUAGUUAAAGGUAUCAAACUACAUCGUCUUUAUAUUCCAGUGUCUACCUUGACACUUUAAAUUUUUGUAACAAUUUGAUCUAGCCAAUAGCAUUUAUGGUAAGAACACAAGAGAGAGAAGGGAAGAGAAGAGAAGAGAUGAGAAGAGAAGAGAAUAAGAGAAAAGAAGAAUCUUUAUAGAAUUCCCAACAAUAUAGCUGCAAGUAUUUUCCAGACGACGUUAUUCCACUUAGUCCACAGUAAAGGGUGAAAGAAGGUAAGGGAAUAAAUUCCAAACCUCGCACUCACUAUUAUCACAAACACAUUUGGCUGUUUUGUUCACUUCUCUUAGGUAUAAGUUUUCUGGUUGAUGGCUGAUCUCGAAUACGAGGCAGCGAAUCAAAAUCAUGCAAAUCCCAGCGAUCCCUUGUUAGCACAAGCAGUGCAAGAACUGAUUUUCGUUUGAACUAGAUUUAUAAUUAAACAAGGUACUCUGUUAAUGCAAUUAAAGCGAAGCGGAUUUUCGCUCCUUUUUGUACACGUGAUAAUAAGUUUCCGCCCUAAGUUUUAAGACUUAGUUGAAAACGUCAAUCAGGUUCUUAUUACUUUUGUACAGUGGUAGCUUUUUAUUACUGUAAAAAGCGACUUCUAAGCGCUAGGCAAACAAGUCAUUAAUAUUACUGUAAUUGCAGUAGAUUUAUUAACGUCUCCUAUAUAUUUUAUGCAACAAAAGUAAAUUUGUAAUGGCGUUUUGAUUGCUGAUUGCUAUACGAGACACCUGGCCUGUUACACGGGGGUUCAAAUGUGUCAUGAGCAUUGCUUUGCUUUCUAUAUUGGCUUUCAAAGGGUGUUCCAUUCCAUUAUCAUGAAAUGGUUUUGGCUAUAGAAAAAAGGGCCUUUGUGUUUUUGAAGAAAAGAAAGACAAGCAAAACCUUUGUAUGGACCCCACAGUCCAAGAAAUGAUUUUUCUACGAAUGUGAUGUUUUAGUAUGAACAGAUAGGAGUAUUUACGAAGUUAGAUAAGAGUAUGUGUUUAGAUAAGAGUAUGUGGUUACAUAAGAGAUCAAUAAAUUGAGUUAAACUAGCGCAGUUCCAUAGGUUUAUGCUCGAUAUCUUGCGAAAAUGAGUUCCAUUUUCUUUCUCGAGCGUGCAAAAAGUGUUAAAGUGCUAAGGCCAAUGUGCACAAGUAAUUCUUGCAAACUCUCUUCUCGUUAUCCUGUCAAAAAUACUAGAAGAAGUUUCCAAUGACUUGCAUAUAGUUUUCUAUGUUUAUUACCUUAGGUGGCAUAUCAGAUAAGGACACAUUAGAUAAUAAAGAUCAUCGAUUAAAUUCAAGUCCAGAAAGUUAAAACGGUUAUAGCUAAACAGGAAAAUAUAGACAAAUGAUCAACUCGAUUCAAAUGAAAAAAUUAACAGAGUAAUAAUAUAAAACAAGAAGAUAGUUGCAAUGAAAUUGUUCAUUAAACACGAUGUAUAUAAAAUAAUCUUUAUAUCUCUAGGAAAGCGGUAUUGUGUUAUACUGCUAUCCAUCGUGAUUUAUAACAUUUUGUCAACCCCCGUUUUUGGGUCGGAAAUUCUUCAAGGAUUUUGUUGAGCAGUGUAAUCGUCAACUUAGCAAACCGUCUUAAUUGUAUGAUGUAAUGACUCCUUUGUGAUAAAAAGGCAGGUGAAAUGGUUGAUGCUUGCUUUUGGCAAAUGAACAACCUAUAAUUCGCUGUGUCUGAGUUAUUUCGCUAAGGGAAGAUUUUCAAAGGCAUAUCUGCAACUGGCAUGGAUUCAAAGAGUAUUGCAUUAUCUUCACAGCAAUGCGUUGCAUGUGUGUCCUCUUUCGUUGGCUCGAAACAUUCCGAAGAUUAUCAGUGGGCCGUUAGAUCAAGGCAAAGACGAGCAAGAACAACCUUUUCAAAACACCAGCUCCAAGAACUGGAAAAGGCUUUCCAAGAAAAGCAUUACCCGGAUAUAAUGAUGAGAGAUGAACUUGCGGUUAGGCUCAAGAUAAACGAAGCUAGAAUACAGGUUUGGUUUCAAAAUCGGAGAGCGAAAUGGAGAAAACAUGUUAUGAACAAAAGAGCAACAACUGAAAGACUCCAUCAAGAAAACGCUCAUCACAACUUCUUCAGGCCAUGCUAUUGCGAAAGCCAGAUGAGAGUGGAAGAUUUUUGUAGAAACGCCAAUCAGAUGCGUAUGGAAGAUUUGUGUAAAAAUCGAUUCGCCUGUACUGGGUCACGAAUGAUCCCUGUGCUGCUGAAUGCGAGGCGGGAAGGUUGUAUUUGUUGCUCGCCUUAUGACUGUGGCAGCUUUUUGAAGAAUGCAGCAAAUGACUCAAGCAGUUUUAAAAGCAAUAGUAAUUAAAAAAGGGGGAAGAAAUUCAAGGUCACAUUUGACACACAUGCAUUGGCUACUUUCUUGGUUUUCAGUAUUCAGAGAAAUUUAUAUAAUUAAGUAAUUUACAUAGCACAAGGAUGGGCAAAUGCUAUAAACUGUAUUCUGGUAUAGCGGACACUAUGACUAUCAAACUAGCGCUCCAUUUGCCGUGUAGUGACACUUUCGAACAUAACAAGCAAUUCAUCCAACAAUAUUUUUGAACUGAAUUUUUGAAAAAGCUCAAUUCGCUUGACCAGCUUGCUAAGAUAUCGAGAAAUCUUGUUCGAUAAUGUUCGAAGUUGUUUAAUGGAGUUAAAAUCUUCAACGAACUUUUCAUGGGUACUACCAAACUUUCGCGCGCCUGAAAGUCACCGAGUCAAACUAAUUGAUUAUAAGUGAAAAGUUCGACCAUGUUUGUGUUGCUUCGUACUGUGCUUUUGUUUUGGCUCGAUAUUAAGGAAAAUACUGCCUCGCUUCUAAAUUAGCUUCAUUGCCCCCUUGUAGCCAUUUUAGUUCUAUCAGAUAAAAUACUGGAAUAUAGUUAUGCUUAUAAGAUAGCUAGAUGUGUAGUAAGACGGGAAACGUUCUAUAAAAUAUCUCAUGAAGUUUUAUGUAUGUAUGUAGAUCACAAUCACCGUGACAGUAUGGAUUCUAUGUAUCAUUAGAAUUAUACUAUAAUCACAUGAUCAGAGGUAUAUAUGUCUUUAAAAACCUAUCAUCAACUGCAUUGAAUUUCUUACUUUUCUGCCUUUCUCUUUCAAUCCUUUAACCUUUUAUCUAAAAAAGCCUUUUCAAAUGUAGAAAAAGAGCUAAAAAAGCUUUCGAUUGUCUGCAAAUAUUUAAUUUUUUCAAUACACUUGUAGAUUGAUUGGAAAUUCUUAUACCAUCCAGGUCCUUUCGAAAACCUGUGUCAAGAAUCGAGAUGCUUUUUCUCUUUUGUAGCUUUUCCACAGAACUUCAAAAGCAUACAUAAACUGAAAGUAUGUAGAUAAAAAGUCUUUGGCUACUACAAAAUAAUAAAUGAAAGUAUCAUAUUGAUGGUUUUUGCAGUGAGAAAGUUUUCUAAGACGUGUAUCUCUAAAGAAAAUUGUGACUCCAAUACGAUACAACCCAAAAGGUCUCAGAAAACUGAUUUGACAUUUUAUUUGGUAAUGCAGGUUUACCUAAAGGCAACUAAUGUUGAUGUCGACCUGCAGCUACAAACAAAAAUAAGCGUAAUUACCUUUUUAUAAAUAAAAAACUAAAAGAAGAGAUAAAAAUAGUUAAAAGUAUCUACAGUGUCGAAAGUACUUAGAAUCUUUGUUCUUAUUAUUAAUGAUACAGGCCCCCUUUUCAAAUGAAUCCUGGUUUACGUACUUUUUGUAAUCUUUUGUCUUGUAAAUGGCGUCUACCUCUUGGUAUCGCCCAAAAGCAUGUUAAGAAAUCACAAGAGAAGAACACAAGUAUCACAUUAUUUAAAGCAAUAUAUAUAUGUAAUGCUUGAAACCAAACUUUGAGCAUUAUUGUAGCCUGAUAACCAGCCCAUUAUCACCAGAUCAGGCCAACAUUAUUGGGGCUAAGCUCCCUCGACGCCCUUUAGCUCUUAUAGGUCUGGCAGCAACAUGCUGGAGAGAAUCAGCUGGUAAAAGAAAAAAUUAUCGUGGUUAAAAUUAAUGCAAUUGCAUCCUAUUUUGUAAAAAUAAAUUUUGUAAGAGUGUUGAGGCACGAAAUUUGCAAAAUUUACAAAUUAUUCAAGAAUUCAGGCUCAAUCUUCAUCAACAAUUUGCUUUUCAUUCUUUAAGACCAUAUCGAGCAAGAAUUUUGUUAAGCUUGUAUUGUGCUAGUAUGUUUCUUGCAAUGCUUUAUUGAUUUAAAGCGACAGUAGCAAGAUCUUGAAAAGAUCUGAAAUCAUAGGAUUUUCUAUGCCUUCGUUGGGACCAAUAACAUAGAAGCGCCGUAUCAUUGGUUUGAGACCAAUGAUAUAGAAGCGCCGAAGGCGCACUGAUAAGUG